CCUCCCGAUCCCUCUCCUCUUGCGACCUAGGGUCAAUCCUGGUGCCGCCACCUUGAGCGAGACGACCGCCUGUGUGCAAGGAAGAUGUGAAGGGGCAGUACUGCGCUCGCAACCCUAACGGAGCCGCCAGUGACAGACGCCCCAUGGCAGGCGACGACAACGGCGUGGCGAAGAACUUGGUGGCGGUAUAGGCGAGGAUGAGCCGGGAGGAGACUCGGUGGUGGUGGGAAAGAACGGCGGAGGGUAAGAUAGACCCUCUCUUUAACGGCGUACCUUCAGCCUCCAUUCCCAGUCUCAUUUCUCCUCGCCCCUGAUUCGCCGAUGAGGCCACCACGCAGCGGCGCUGCAGCCUAUAGUUCCUGCCGUGAUCAUCCUCCUCAUCUUGAUCCAAAGGCAAGGUUUAGUUUGAAGCCCAACCGUAGAGAAGAUUAAUGAGACACUUUGGGAUGAUAAAAUUGCAAGGAACCAUGCAGGCCACAUAAGAGCAUGGAUUCCACAUUUUCAGAACAACGUAUCAAGUAUUAGUGUUACUACUGAAUGGAGACAGCUUUUUUGGUAGGGUUCAUCCUCCAAGCUGGGCCUUUUGCCACGGGAAAGUCUGGUUGUCGUGAAGCAUGAAGUCAUCGGCGCACCACACUCAAAAUUGAAAACUUUUGGCAUAAGACUUGACAAGGGAACCUACCCUAAGUCUUUGCUAAGAUCUUAUUCAACUUAUGAGGUGAAUUGACAUGUUAUGCUUCUUGUUAAUUUAUUAGUGCUAAUUUUGUGAACCUUUAUAUUAAAUAAGCUUUACAUUAGUUAUUGCAAAAUACUACAUGGAUGUGAAUUUCGUAGCAAUAGAGAAAUAUGCUUCUGAUUAGGACUUGUUACAUGAAGAAUUCAGACAAUUAAUAUUUUGCAUGACAUAGAUACUUCUACAUCUACCUUAUUGUUCUGUGAAGUGUUUUUCUGUUAGUUAUCAUUGCAAUAUGAAACUUUGAAUGUUCAGAAACUCCCUCCCGCUCCUCCCCUCCCUAGAGUUGUGCCCGCGCCGGAAACAAAUUGGAUCGUGGGCGGAGCACAUAAUUGCGAAGUGGAGCUGCUCAGAUCGCGGUUGUUCUAGACUGGUCGUCCAAAUAUUGCAGGAAAAGAAUAGAUCAUGGCGAUGGCGGUGUCCGGUGUCACUUCCUCCAUUCAAGUUUUGUGUAUCUCCCCUCCUUUUGUGCAUCCCCUAUUUUCUGCUGCAAGUUACUUACUUGAUCGGAUCUCCAUGAUGUGGAACGAGAGAGGAAGAGAGGCUGAGCACGAAAGCAUGCCAAGGCGAGAAACAGAGGCUUGCCAUUAGCCAGUGGCUUCCUCCUUAUCGCGCAUGCCCUUCUCAUUGUUACAGAUGCGUCUUUAUAUUUAGGAAACUUAUUGUCAAAAUGGACAGGCAUGGCAACGUGGUUAGAAGCUUCUCAACAAGGAGGAAUUCGAGCUACUUACUGCUUGGUUUCUUUCGUUCUUCCAGCUGAAUCUGCCGUCAUACAAUGGCUAACAGAUAGGUACAUGGUGCGUCAUGAUGCUGACAAUUCAGGGGAACCCGAGUUUGUGUUCUUUGCUUCAGUUGUUGAACAAGCUAUUGGAAAGAGACUUGAAGUUAUCAUGCGCGAUGCAUCAGACCGCCCAUUUGCUGUUCCUACAGAGAUAUCAGCCUUGAUAUCCAAGAAAUUCACACUUCCCUUCACUCUCAAUGAGAAGGGCCUUCACUAUGGGCAACUCUCUUUCCAUGUGAACAACACAUCAACAAAGACAUCUGUGCAAGCUAGCAAGGUAAACACUAUCGGUAACGACAAAGAACCCGAGGACAGGGACAUGGACAACAGUAAUGAAAGUGGUAAUGAAGGUCAUAUCUCUCCUACAGUUGAUUCAAGGGAACACAUAGCAUCAUUUCUGCCAAGGAAUAGGAAGCACCAUCUUUUGAAAUUGCUACUGCAAGCAAAAAUGAUUCACACACACUAGCAAGAAGCCAUCAAAAAGUACAGUAACUGAAGCCAACAAAUCAACUUCCACAAAGAAGAAGAUGCACUUAUCAUAAAAAGAGCUUCGAUCAGCGUAUUUCAAAAGCAAAUAGAGGAAUGGCAAAUGUCUGCAUACGUCCAUCUUUUGAAGUUAUUUAGUUUUCCAUUAAUAAAUAUAUCUCCUGCGUGCGAAUGCUACUGCAUGAUCAGAUGAUCAACAACUUUUGCUACUGCAGGAUCAGAUGAUCAACAACUUUGUCUUCACCAGUUAACGUGUCUCGGUACUAUGUUUUGCAAAAACUAUUCCUCUUUUGUGCACUGAAUAAUGAAACAAUUUAUGCUAUUGUACCUCUAAAUAAGUUUGUUUCCAUAGCUCUGCUUUAUAUUCCUAUAAGAAAAUGCACUUCUUAGAUCUUCUACUAUUCUGCCAAGAAUGUUUAAAUCUCAAUGCUACAAUAUCUCAAAUUCUAUUAGUAUAACAAAAUGCAGCUUUAUAGUUUCCAGUUAAACUUUCUCAUGACAUGCAGAAACUAACAUCUGAUCAUCUUAGUUUGUAAAUUCAUAUGCAAAAUCAGGAUUUUUACCCUAAAUUCAGCAGUCAAAGCAGACCUUUAGUUCCAACCCCUCAAAAA